GUUCUUUCUGGGACUGACGUUGCUGUGUGUCGCUUGAGGUAUUAAUCCCUGGGAUCUACUAUUACCUUCCUGUCCUGUUUUGUAAUCUCAACCCAACGUGCUAAGAUUCCAUACUGUGCACGCUCAAGAACAGAUUUCAGAGUAUCGUGGCCCAUCUUGCAGACUGAAAGAAGCACUGGACUCUCGUUGUAUCUCCUCUCUUCUCUUCUCUUGAUGAUAACAGACAGAGGUGCUGAGCCCAACGGAAAGAUCUACGCGAAAGCGGUGCAGGAGGUCCUUUCAGAGAGAGCUCGUCUGCAGGCUGGAGGGCUUCCUCCAUCAGCAGGUCCCAGCUCAGGGGGAAGACCUGCCCCUGCCGUGUGCCCCCGCUCUGUCUCCAAGUCCCUGGCUGGAGGUAAACGCAAGGGCUUGGAAGAAGAGCAGCAAACAGCAGCGCAGCUGCCUGCUACCAAAAGAGCGAGGGCUGAGAGCGGAGGCAGCGUGCCGGCUCCAGCAGCACAGCCUGGGCCUGCUGCAGCACGGAGCUCCAAGCUGAGAGCAAGAAGACGACAACAAAAAGAGAGGAGAGGGCAACUGAAGAAGGCUUCCCUCAGGGCUGCAGCUGCACAUGCAGAGUCCUCCGCCAUGAACAGCCUGGUGGAGAUGAUGCAGAAGCUGCAGCUGAACGACUGAGAGGAGGAGCAUCAGCAGGCAGCGCUGCAGUGCGCGGCGUUGCAGGGCAGCGUUCCGAGUGCCGCCCAACUCGGCAUUCCUAGUUUGGUUUAGUCAAUAAAAACAUCACCAUAGAGAUCAACACAGAGCGCACGGCCCGAUUUGUCCAGUGGCAUCCAUGAGCUGCUGCCCCAAGGACGUUCUGACGCACUCACAUAACAGCUGUGCAGUCACACACACGUGUGCACAUCCUUG